GCAGAGGAAAUUUAAAAUGCCGUAGGGAAACAGAGACAGACAAGGGAAGGGUGAGAGAGUGCUGCACACACGGCUUCAAAACAGGAAACCUCCCUCUUUUGCCAAAAAGCAGUGGACUAACCAAAGAGAGCACACAGCAGGCUUUCAGGGCUAAAGCUCCCUUCGUUGGACAUGCAGCUGUGCCAUCAAUGGGGAGACUAAAGAGAAAGAUUUAAAUCGAAGAYAAAUAAGAAAGCAGCUACUUGACAGGCUGCAGAGACAAAACCUGAAGGACAAACAGAGAAAAAAAGAGGUAACCAUGGAAGCAGCAGGAUACAAGCAGAGAAAUGUUGUCUUGUUUAUAGUGGCCUUUUUAUUUACCCUGGAGGUCCACAGGGUCCAGGGCUGRCGAAUAGGCACUGGAUCAGAGUGUGAGAAAGCUCCUUUUGUCCCAGGCCACAACCUGGCUGGGGAGGGGUUUGAUGUGGUGCGACUGCGACGCACAGGAGCGUAUGUGAUCAAUGUCAAAGCUCAUCUGGGUGACAACCACACCUGUACGCUGUGCCCAAACAGAUUCCAGGAUGGACAGACUCAGAGGCUCCCAGCCGCUGUGCUCGACUGGCGUCCCUUCAGCCGCUGCAGCAAACAGCUUUCRAGRGCGCUCCACCACUCAGUGGACUCCRUGCUGCGCAGCUCCAACUCGCUGGUCAACAACAACUGGGGUUUGGGUUUGAGCCUCGACAACAUCGGCCAGGCUGUGCUGGGAGGAAGCCGCUCAGAUUUGGCUAAGUUUGCUCGCUCGCAGCACAGUGUGGACAAAGCUACUUUUGCCAUUCAUGAAAUCAGUUGCUCCUACUAUAGCUACAGGCUGGCCGAUCAUCCCCAGCUGAGCGCAGAGUUCACAAAGCAUAUGAAGAGACUCCCGCAGAGCUUGAACACAGUCCAGAACAGAGCCUUGUAUAGACGGCUCAUAGACACCUACGGGACACAUUAUAUWCACCAGGUCCAGCUUGGCGGUAAAGUGAAGCGAAUCACUGCCUUCAGGACCUGCCUGGCCACACUGAAAGGCUUCUCAGAGUCCGAGAUUAAAAACUGUCUAAAUCUUGAACUGCGUAUGGCUCUGGGUUUUCUCCCUGCUAACGCAUCUUUCUCCAACAAGUGUGACAAUCUCCUGAAGGGCAAUAUAAGCAUGGGCUUCUACCAGGGCUUCAUGACACAUAAGAUUGAGGUCAUUGGAGGGGAGCGGUAUUUCCCUGACAUCCUUUACCAACAAGACCCAUCGGAAGCCUACCACAACUGGAUAAACAGCCUCUAUGACAACCCUGACGUMGUUUCUUAUGCCAUCUUCCCUCUGCACCAUCUGGUGGAGGACACACAGAUCAGUACCAACCUGAGGAACAUGGUCUCAGAGUAUAUCAGAGAGAAUCAAUUGGAAGAGGAGCAGCUUGGUCUGAAGAACUGCUCCCCAACUUCCAACCUGGAUCACAACUGCUGUCCUUUAAGGACUGGCAGAGGAACRCUGAGACUGGAAAUCCACAGAGCUGCAGGACUGAGGGCCGACACCUUCACAAAAACAGACGCAUACGUGAAGAUCUUCUACAGCGGCAUGUAUGAGGAGACUGAAACUGUGAUGGACAACAAUGACCCAGUGUGGAAUGCCACGUAUAAUUUUGGCUCAGUGGAGCUGGGCCAGGAGUUGAGGUUUGAAGUCUGGGAUAGGGAUGUGCUUUAUAACGACAUGGCGGGGAUAUGUGUCAUCUACCCUGAGAGAGGAACACAUCCUUUAAGCUGUCAGCUGCGUAAAGGAGUUCUCUAUUUCACCUACGUCAUUACAUGUGAUGCUCAUUUGACAGGGUUCAGAUGUGGACGAUACUCUCCUAAUGCUGAGUAAAAAAAAAAKAACCUCCAUUAGGUAACAUAAAACUUUUAGGUGUUUUGCAUUUUUCAUGAAGCACUUGUAAAUUGUACAUUUUACAUUUACCAUUUUACACUCAACUCAUAAAACACACUAAAUUUUUUUAAAGAUUUCAGCUGUUUUCUCUGUUCGUGUUUGUAAUGUACACAAAAAAAUUAAGUGUUGGAGUACUUGAUUUUAAAGAAAAUAUAAUCUUUAGAUUUGUCACACUAACAUUUUUUUCACAAUGUCCRAAUGCUUUUUUAACUAAGCUGUUUCAUUUAUUAGUGACAUAACAUCCAUGUAAAUGAUYUUUUAUAUCUUGCUUGUUGACAUUUGGGUCACAUAUGCAUCACAUUUGCCUGGUCUAGAACCUAAUUAGAACUARUACUAAUAGUAUUCAUUUCUAAUCAGGUCAUGUGCAUAAUUACUGAUAAAUCAAUAAACGAUCAAACUUUUCCAAAAAAUAGGGUUAUUAUGACUAUUUUUUAUGAUCUGAACUGAAGUAUAUUCAGGAUAAAUCAUUGCUACUUCUUCACUACAUUCCUGUGUUUGGUGAUUCAACAAAAUGUUAUUUUUGUCAUGGCAUAAAAAAGUGUGAACUUUGUCAUUUCUAAAAGAGCAGCCACAUUGAAGACUGAACAUUUCGACUGUUCUUGUUUAUUUUCUUGUUUAAAUCAUAGUUUCCCAUCAGUCACUUAUUGAACUGAUUCAGAAAAUGUGGAGUCUCCACCGGACUUUGUAUCAAGCGUUGUAAAUAAAUAGGAGGUGUCUCAGAAAUUUGUGGGGAAUUCCAGGUACUAAAGAGUCAUAAAAUGCUUCACACAGAAGCAUAUAUAAAACUUUAUCAUAUCCAAAAGACCUUAAAUACCUAGUUCAAUUUUAUAGGAAGAAGUCUGUAAACAGAUAUCUCACAUCAAACUUUUUCUUAUUCAUAUAAAAGAUAAGAAAAAAUAUCCAGUCAUUUGAAGAGAAAUUCAGAGCUCUUUAUAAUCAUUAUAUUUAGACACUGUGGUUUGUUGCAGUAUAAUUAAAUGUUUUUAAUAACUAAUCACGAGMUGAAGUUUGUUUGUAACCAAACUAAUUUAGGCAGGUUCUUGUGACUUCAGCUUACAAUGAAUGUUGUUUGUAUUUUAUUAUUUUACACUGUAUGCAAUAAAUAUAUUUAAAUCUC